UGCUCACAAGUGCCGAUGACAGUUCACCAGAUGUUCCUAGAAUCUCUAGAGAAAUACAAGUCUCUCAACGCAUUAGCCAGCAAAAAGGAGGGGAAAUGGGAAAAAAUUACUUUUUCUGAGUAUUACCACCUUUCUCGGAAAGCAGCCAAGAGUUUCCUGAAGCUUGGCCUUGAACGAUUCCACAGUGUUGCGAUUCUGGGUUUUAAUUCUACAGAGUGGUUCAUUUCGGCUGUAGGAGCUGUUUUUGCUGGUGGCAUUGUGACCGGGAUCUACACCACCAGUUCUCCAGAAGCUUGUCAUUAUAUUGCUCAUGACUGCAGAGCUAAUAUUGUAGUGGUGGAAAACCAGAAGCAGUUGGACAAGAUAAUACAGAUCUGGGAUCGUUUACCGUACUUAAAAGCUGUUGUGAUGUAUAAAGAUCGUGUGUCUGAGAAACAUCCCAAUUUGUAUACGAUGGAUGAAUUCAUGGAGUUGGGAAACGAAAUUCCAGAUGGACAACUUGACGCUAUCAUCAAUUCCCAAGAGGCAAACCAAUGUUGUGUCCUGAUCUACACCUCUGGAACGACAGGGGAGCCCAAAGGGGUCAUGCUGAGCCACGACAAUGUUACCUGGACAUCUGCCCACGCCAGUCGAGCAGGAGAUGUGCAACCAGCUGAAAUCCAGCAGGAAAAGAUUGUCAGUUACUUACCCCUGAGCCAUGUUGCUGGGCAGAUGUAUGAUCUCUGGACUGGGAUCAAGUGGGGCGAAGAGGUUUAUUUCGCACCACCGGAUGCCUUGAAGGGAAGCUUGGUUGAGGUCCUCAGAGAAGCAUUGCCCACUUCACAAAUGGGAGUACCCCGCGUGUGGGAGAAGAUGAUGGAGAAGAUCAAGGAGGUGUCUUCUCAGACUGGAUUGCUGAAGAGGAAGACACUAUCUUGGGCCAUGUCGGCCACUUUGGAACAAAACCUAAGCUGCUCAAAUAGGUGGGUACCCCAUGGACCUCCCUUCUGGAUGAGGUUGGUGGACUCUUUGCUCCUGGCGAAGAUCCGCUGGGCGCUGGGCCUUUCCCAGUGCCAGAAGCAUUUCUCCGGGGGUGCCCCUCUCCCUGUGGAAGUCUCCCACUUCUUCCUCGGCCUGAACAUCCCUAUUUAUGAAGGGUACGGGAUGAGCGAAACCUCCGGUCCCUUUUGCUUAUCUGGGCCACACGUUUAUCGACCCAACAGCUGUGGCAAGGUUGUCCCAGGCUGCCUCGUUAAAAUAGUGAACAAAGACGAGCACGGCAACGGGGAGAUUUGCUUUUGGGGACGGACCGUCUUCAUGGGCUAUUUGAACAUGGAGGACAAGACCAGGGAAGUGAUUGACCAAGAUGGCUGGCUGCACUCUGGAGAUCUUGGAAAGAUGGACAAGGAUGGAUUUGUUUAUGUCACCGGAAGAAUUAAAGAGCUGAUUAUUACAGCUGGGGGUGAGAAUAUCCCUCCAAUCCCGCUGGAAGAAGCUGUCAAGAAGGAGCUGCCACUUGUUAGCAACGCUGUAUUGAUUGGCGAUCGGAAGAAGUUCUUAUCCAUGCUGCUGACCUUAAAGUGUUCAGUGGAUCCUGAUACAUCGGAACCCACCGACUACCUGACCCAGGAAGCCGGAGACUUCUGCCAAAAAGCCGGAAGCAAAGCCACACGGGUGACUGAAAUUGUGCAGACGAGAGACCACGCCGUUUACCGGGCUGUGCAAGAUGGCAUUGACCGCAUCAACGGGCGCGCCCUCAGCAACCCUCAGCGCAUUCAGAAGUGGGCCAUUUUAGGAAAAGAUUUCUCCAUUUCUGGGGGAGAAUUUGGUCCAUCGAUGAAAUUAAAGAGGCAAACCGUGAUUGAGAAGUACCAAAAGGAAAUUGAAGCUUUUUACAAAGAUUGA